UACGAUUCAACGAUUUUGAGGAUCGGCAGAGGCUUACCGAUCUGGGACGGCUGCAGAAUCGUGAAAUCCAUGGACUCGUUCGGAUCGACGAUUCGGCUCGUGGAAACGCAGGAUCGGCUACAAUCGCCGAGUCUAAGAAGUCCAAAUAGUGUCUCUUCGAAAUCUCCUUCCAAUCGAUUCUGGAACUGCAAUUGGAUAGUCGCGCCUGUUGCGACUCCCAAUUUCUAUCGGAAACAGCGACAUUUUUUUUCUCCUGGGAAUCCUCUGUGUCUGUCGCAGGCUUCUUCUUUCCCUCUACUCUCUUACAAUGUCAAUCCCUGCUUCAGCCACUCCAUUUAGUAGACCAAUUGCAAAAAAUGCUCCUGGGCAGAAAACAGAUGUUGCUUGGGAACAUUGCAAAGCAAUUGAUUCUAGCAAUAGAAAGCUACAAUGUAAUUAUUGUAGCAAAGUCAUAACCGGGGGGGUNGACGAGGUUGGUGAUGGAUCGAAUACUUUUUCCAAAAAAAGGGCGACCAAUCAAAGCACCAUUAAUAGCAUGUACAAGAAGAGUUUGAGAGAAGAUGCAUGUCUAGCAAUUUCGAGAUAUUACUUCAACAAUGCCAUAGCAUUCAACACGGCAAGAAGUGAAGAGUUUCGUAUCAUGUGUGAUUUGAUUGCAAAACAUGGACCCGGAUUCAAGCCACCGUCAUAUCAUGAGAUCAGAGUAAAGUAUUUAAAACAAGAAGUGGAGUCGACAGAACGCAUUGUCAAUGAACAUAGGAGCGAAUGGAAGAAGACAGGGUGCACGAUAAUGAGUGAUGAGGACUUCGAAAACAAAAUCCCAAUCCAUGGAGUGACAAUUCCUAAUGGUCGCAAAAUCACUACUUAUAUUUACUCUAGACCUUCUCUGAUUCCUCUAUUACACCACUUCACAGAUGGGAAAGAUUUGGUGAGACCGGGAAUGACCCGAUUUGCUACUGCUUAUCUAACUUUGGGGUGUCUUUAUGAAAACAAAGGUGGUUUAAUUAGAAUGUUUACCUCAGAAGAGUGGAAGACAAACAAACACUCAAAAAUAAAGGAUGGAAAAGUUGUGGAGGAGAUUGUGUUGGAUAAGGACUUUUGGAAAAGCAUAGUGAUAUGCUUAAAGGGUGCAUUACCUCUCAUUGAGGUGCUUCGUUUGGUUGAUUCUGAUGAGCAUCCUGCCAUGGGAUUUCUUUACGAGGCAAUGGACCGAGCAAAAGAAAAGAUACAAGCAGCUUUCCAAAAUGUCAAGAAAAGUUAUAGGCCUUUGUGGAGUGUCAUUGAUCUCAGAUGGAAUAAACAACUUCAUAGGCCCUUGCAUGCCGCAGGCUAUUAUCUUAACCCUCGCAUGCACUAUAGCCCCGGUUUUAAAGUUGAUUAUGAAGUUAAACAAGGCGUAUAUGAUUGUUUACGACGCAUGGUGGCUGAUAUCGAAGAACAGGCAAGGAUUGAUGUUCAACUACAGGACUUUAAGAAGCGUCAAAAGUUAUUUGGUUCUCCAUUGGCUCAAAAGACAUUUGAUAAGCUAAGUCCAGCAGAUUGGUGGGACUCAUAUGGAGAUGAACAUCCAGACCUUCAAAAAUUUGCGAUUCGAGUAUUGAGCUUGACAUGCAGUUCGUCAGGAUGCGAGCGUAAUUGGAGUGCAUUUGAGAUGGUCCAUACAAAGAGAAGAAAUCGUUUGAAGCAGAAAACAAUGAACGAUGUUGUUUUUGUCAUGACUAAUUCAAAAUUGGCAAAAAAGAAGAAAGCCAAGAGAUCAAAUCCGCUCAAACUAGAAGAUCUUUCGUCAGAUGAUGAGUGGAUUAUGGAAGAUGUUGGUGAAGACCCAGGAGGUGAUGAAGUUGCUGCUGGCAAUAACUCCACAGAUGUUCCAACACAAAAUGGAGAAGAAGAGGCUGCUGGCAAUAACUCCAAGGAUGUUCCAACACAAAAUGGACAAGAAGAGGCUGCUGCAAAUGUUCAACCUGAACAUGAAGAGGAGUUGGAUGUCACCAAUUUGGAUGAGGGAGACGAAGAUGAAGAUGAAGAUGAAGAUAAAGAACUUGAGGAUUAUGAUUUUAGCAUUGAUAAUUAUGUUUUAGAUGUUUAAGUAUAAAGUUUUAGGUCAUUU